AUGGAAUCACACUUCAGUGAGAUUGUGAUUUAUGCAGAUUCCGAACUCACGUCAGUUCACCGCCACUGUAUGCUUGCCGUCGUCGCUGCCGCGCCUCUACCUGGAUCCUCUGCGUCGCGUGUUUGCGUUUGGUCUCUCUCCUCCGUCACUCUCUUGCUUGGCGUCGAGUUCGCCGUCGACGAGGAAGCUUUGCCACCGUUUCUCCAGUGCUUCGCAUACGGUUCUCUCUCUCCCUCUGGGAUACUAAAUAAGAGCAAAUUGGUUGCUAUUGAUGCUGGAAACAAGGGCUACGCUCCGAAUAAGGAUUGCCUAGGAGCCUUAGAUGAUACUCAUAUCAAAGUCAAUGUUCUUGAGGCUGAUAAGCCUAGAUAUCGAAAUAGAAAAGGUGACAUAACAACCAAUGUGUUUGGAGUGGUUGCUCACGACAUGCAAUUUAUCUACGUACUGGCGGGUUGGGAGGGUUCAGCUGCGAAUUCUAGGGUAUUGCGAGAUGCACUAUUUCGCGAUGGAUUUAGUGUUCUCCAAGGUCAUUAUUACUUAUGUGAUGCUGGAUACAUGAAUCGUGAAGGAUUUUUAGCACCUUAUAAAGGACAAAAAUAUCAUUUGAGUGAGUUUAAUCCACAUAAUCAACCUAGUACAGUCCAAGAACCUUUUAAUAUGAAACACUCACAAGCUAGAAAUGUCAUUGAAAGGACAUUUGGAGUAUUAAAAGCAAGAUGGAAAAUUUUAAGGGAAAGGUCAUUUUAUCCUAUUAAAACUCAAGGAAGAAUUAUAACUGCAUGUUGCCUUUUGCAUAAUCACAUUAGAAGAGUGAUGGUUGUGGAUCCUAUUGAUGAGAUAGUAGAUCAAAAUAUGCUUGGAGUAGAUGGGGGGACGAUCCACCAUAUUGAGACGAGCGAUGCUUGGGGUAGAUGGAGGGAUCAACUUGCACAAGAAAUGUGA